AUGGUGAAGAUAACUUUCCAGCCGGUCUCGGCGCAGAAACCAGAGAAGGAGCUCGAUGGAGACAAAGCCGAGAUUCUCAUGCCCUAUGAACACGUGAGUUCAGCGUCUCUUUUCUUUGUUCCAUGAUGUAUUGACAGCGUUGUGGUAAAAUAGGGAUGUUUUGCUGACCAAUGCAAUAAUUAGAUUAUACCAGGGCUAUGUUUUCUUAAUUGCUUUAUAGUUAAAUGCGUUCUCUAUUCGUGCACGUAGCCUAAUGAUUGCAUUGAUGUGAAUUUCAAAAUAUAUUCAAGUCCAAAAGAGCCCAUAACGUCAGUUGUAGGCUAAUCUGCAUAGUAGGCUACCGCGAUAUCAUUUAGGCUACUGUUACAGUAUCCUGUGUUACUACUAUUGUUACUAGAAAUGAUACACUGCUGCUGUGAAAGCGCUGGAAACACGGAUACAAAGUAGCCUAACCUUUUAAAAUCGAUACAAGUUAGCCAGCACAGCCAGAGGAUGUUGACAUUACGUCACCUUGUGAGGCUAACUGGGGACACUGCAGAUACCUCAGUUUGCAGCAGACGUAGCCACGAAUCGUAGGCUGGCUAUCCUAGACCAUGUUACUCGAAUAAUUGCUAUGUUUAUCGAAAACUUUCAAGACAACACGUUUAAAGGUUGAUAUUGGGAAGUUGUAUCUUAUCGACAGUCCGUAAAUUGUGCAAACAAAUGGGGACGUUAUCGCUGCGGUAUGCUUACAUCACCGAGGUGUUUUCCCCCGCCAAUCCAGCAUGUACCGCGUGAGGGGCAUUUGGGCUGUUUUUAGAAAUGAGGGCGCAUGCAUUUCAAUAGUGUAAUGGGAUUUCCUUUCCUUGUGUGAUUACCCUCAUCUAUGCAGUCUGCACUGAUCUGAAAAUACUUCACAGGUGCUAUAUGCUAGAAGAAAGUCGUACUUCGGUUGGCUUUCAUCUGUUCUGUUCUUUCAAAUCAGAUAAAGGAAAGGAAGUGACACUGUUGUUGAGAGAGUCAUAAGAAAUAUGCAUUUGGUUACAUAGCUGUCAGGGAGCUGCUAAAAGGGUGGCCAUACUGGAUUUGCAUAGAAAGCCUCUGUCAAGUGUUGACUCAUAGAAUUCACACACUGUUGUGUCUAUGUGGCUGCUCAAUAUGUUAGCGUUGACAUCACAUUUGUAGGUCUGUCUGUCAUUAGAUGGAUGGUAUAGUGUCAGGCAGGCUAAUACAAUUCAUAGCAAAUCUGAAAUUAUCCUGCCACUUAUGCUAAACAUUGAAUUGUAUUUCUGCAAGUGACAGGAUAAACUGUGAGGAGUGAGGAGUAUUUCUGUAUGUAAUAAGCCCUUUUGUGGUGAAAAACUAAUUCUGAUUGGCUGGCCCUGGCUCCCAACCCCAAGUGGGUGGGCCUGGUAUGCCCUCCCAGAACCACCCAUGGCUGCACCCCUGCCCAGUCAUGUGAAAUCCAUAGAUUAGGGCCUAAUGAAUUUAUUUCAAUUGACUGAUUUCCUUAUAUUAACUCCAACUCAGUAAAACCUUUGAAAUUGUUGCAUGUUGCGUUUAUAUUUUUGUUCAGUAUACAUAUGUGUUUGGCAAGUCCCAAUCUGAAGGUGUGAGAUCAUGUACCUCAAAUUAUUGAGCAACUAUAACUAGUAAUGACAUAGUUAUGGUUUUGACGUCAUGUAGGGAGGUGGGGGACAGGGGAUGCUCGCAAAGGCGUCAUAGGAGACGUGUGGAUACCAAAUCUGUAUGUGUGUAUAAGGACUAUUAAUACCAAAUCUGGCUUGAGAUUCCACUUCCACGCAAUCACUGUGAUCUCCCUCCCACUGGAGGUGUGUGUGAUGUAACGCUGUCACAGCUACAAGUAGGGCAUGUGGAAGUCGAGUCCUAAGAAUAGAACUACCAGACAACCAUGACAGCCUCCCUCGCCAUCACUCGGCAAACACAACACAAUCUGUCUCAUCCCUUUUGAUCCUCCAUUGUGCCUAGCAACUGUGUGUGGGUACCGUUUCUAGGUAGCGAGUAGUGUAUAGCUAAUAGCAAACAGAUUGACGGUAGGGCUGAGAGACUGGGGGUGGGCUGUUGGGAUGACAAGGCAUCUUCAGCAUCUCUAUCCUUCAGCCUACAUCCUAGAGAUUUCCUCUCUGGCUAACUACUUGGCAAGGACAGAGUGGUCUCAUCACAGACUAAGCAAGCAAGAUAUUGCUUGUUAGGAUGUAACAGAGGGAAAUGUGGCUGUGUGAGAGGUUCACUGUCAUAUUAUAAGACUAUUUCUGCUCUGAUAAUUGUGACUAUAUCAUAGUCAUUUUUGUUUCACCUAGGAUUUUUUAUUGGGUGAAGCUAACUGCUUAGCUAUUACCACCAACAUUGAGUGAAACGGAAACUGCUCUUUCAUAGUGGGAGCAUCUUGCUGAUGAAUCGUAUUAAACUUAUCUGACAUUGGCCUGUAGGUCUGACCUGUGAAUUGUUUCUUUCUCCAGGAGGAGCUGGUUCUUCCUCUGAGGCCCAAGAAGUCUCAUCUGAACGGGCUGUGUUGUCUCACCUUUGGCCUGGUGGUCUUCAUGUCAGGACUGGUGCUGGCCUCCAUAUACGUCUACCGGUACUACUUCAUACAACAGGUACUAUACUACUGUACUUCACUAUACUACUAUAAUACAACUAUACUACACCACUCUACACUACACUAUACAACUACCACUAGUACCUCCUAUUUUAUACCACAGGUCAGAUAUUAUACUACUUUUACAUACUACCUCACACACCUUACAACUAUACUAUACUAUACUACUGUACAACUGCCAGUAGUAGCUACUACUACCUGCUACAUCAUACCUCACAUAUUCAGUCAUAUAGACAAAUUGGUUCUGAUUGGAGCAGUGAUGAAUGAUAUAGAUAUCCCCCCUGACUAUCCUAACCCUGUUUUGAUCUGUUCUCCCUCUGUGUGUUCUAGAUCCCCGAGGACAGUCUGUUCCACUGCAGGGUUCUGUAUGAAGACUCUGUGUACGCCCCCCUGCACGGCAGACAGGAGCUGGAGGAGAACGUGGGCAUCUACCUGGACGACAACUAUGAGCAGAUCAGCGUGCCCGUGCCCCACUUCGGGGGGAGCGACCCCGCAGACAUCAUCCACGACUUCCAGAGGGUAAGUCAUCCCUAUGCCUAUCCACACACUCAUUGUGUAGUGUGAUACAAGGCGGCCAUUUUGUGUCCAAAUGCUCGCCCAUUGCCCAUUAGUAUACAUAUGAGCAUAUGAUUUUGGAGGACGUGUCUAUUAGGGUCAGUGGUCUAUAAGGCAAUGAAAGCUUUAUGUGACCUUUUCUGUUAGUUAGCAGACUGGAGGGAAUCUGUGGGUUUAGUAAAUGCUGAUAUUUCCUUCCUCCUUUAAAUCUGCUGUAAGAUGUGGUUAGCAAUGACCUUUCUGCUUCUCAAAUAUCAAGAGCACCGUUUCAACUCAGGAUUGAUGAUUCAUGUUUUGUUGUAAUUUCUAAUUCCAGGGUCUGACUGUGUACCAUGACAUUGCCCUGGACAAGUGUUAUGUGAUUGAGCUCAACACCACCCUGGUAAUGCCACCAAGGAACCUCUGGGAGCUGCUGGUCAACAUCAAGGUACACUAUUGUGUUGUAUCUGUGUUAGGUCUGUCAGAGAAACUGUUUGUGUGUAUGUGGUUGUCCUUCAGAGGGACAGUCUGCCCAUGCAUAUUUAUUCUACAAAAGGACAUUGCGGUCAUGUGUGUACCGUCUGUCCUGUGAAGGGCAUUAUACUAACGCAGGGUUCCCAACUGGCGGCCCGCGCCAGUGUUUUUUUUGUUUUUGUGUGUGGAAUUUUCAUUGUUGGACACAAACAACUGUAAAAAAAAAAAAAAAAAAAAAAAAAAAAACAGCAAAUCAGCUCCAAGUGAUUUUAAUUUAAGAAAUCUGUUCCUAAGUAGUCCCACGAUUAAUAGAGAGACACGACGUGAUCGUAUACAAAUGUAAGCACGGUUUGAAAUGAUUAUAUUUUAGUCAAACAUUAUAUCUGUUUGGGAUUCUUGCGGUCAAUUUACAGUCUACAAAUGAUUUGUAAUUAUGUUCCGGCCCCCCGACCAUCUGCUCAAGAAAAAAUUGGUUUGCAGCUGAAUCUAGUUGAUGAUCCCUGUACUAACGUAUGUGUUUGUGUCUCUCUCUCCCUCUCCAACAGAAGGGGACGUACCUGCCCCAGACCUACAUCAUCCAGGAGGAGAUGGUGGUGACGGGGAGGGUGAGGAACAUGAGACCUCUGGGGCCCUUCAUCCACCGGCUCUGCUACGGCAAAGACACCUACCGCCUCAAACGCCGACGCGAAGCACGCCGACGUAAGGACAACACACACACCAACAACACAUUAUUUUUUAUUCUGUCUCACACAUCCAGAUUUCACACUCGCACACACACAUUUCACACACCGAUGUCCUUGUCAACAUGAGAUGCAUGUAAGUGCUAGGUCAUCAGUUAGGCUCUUCCUGUCCUGUACAGAGGAGAGGAGAGGAGAGGAGAGCGAAGGGUUGUGUGUUUCACAGUAGUCACUGAGUCAGUCCGAAUCCAUGGGCUGGCUGACUGUGUGGUGGGAGAAACACUGACUGUCAGAGGUGUCCAUAUGACACCCCUCAUCACAGAGGAAACAGAGAUGGCCAGGUCCAUAUCGGCGCUUCCUGUGCUGGCUCUGAGAGAGUGAGUUUGCGUGUGGGUUCUGCCAGGCGCUAGCCUCCCACAGUAUGAGUUCUAAGUGACUUCCACACACAGAUCCCUGUAUGAUUACCAUGUCAAAGCCAUCGCAUGUGAGUAAUUUUUCCAACACACCACGCAGGUCCUAUGAUCAGACAGCGUGUGUGGGGGAGGAAGUGAUGCGUAGUAGUGAUGUGCUCCGUGAGCCUCUGUGAUUGGCUAGUUGUAAAACCAGAGCAUUGAUGUAACAUGCUUCCCUCUGAGCACAUAUAUGGGCUGGUAGGCAACUCCAUUGAUCCAAGAUGAGGCUGGUACUGGUAGUCAUGGUAACAGUGAGGUAGGCAGUGGGAGCUCCCUCAACUGUUGUAUUGCUCAAUAUUUAGUCUUCAGAGGAUGAUACCAUACUGGUUUUUAGGCACCUAAUAUGUUGGCAUAUGAACACAUAUGGGGAGUUACCUCAGUAACCCAGCACUGCAAUAGCACCAUAGAUAUACCAAACCCUAUGGAACAUCUCACAUCAUAUAUCAAAAGUAUAACAUCAUUGAACAAGACACAUAAAACUGGAUGUAAGCUUACCUAUCUUCUCUUCUCUUCCAUUCUUCUCUUAAUCUCUCCCUCCUCCAGGCAUCGACAAGCGCAAUGCGAGGAACUGCCACAGCAUCCGUCACUUUGAGAACACCUUUGUCGUCGAGACAGUGAUCUGCGACAGGGUCUAA